AGGUAGUGUAGCAUUGUGCCAUUUUUGGGAGAGUGGCGGUUUUGUGGGUCUUGGCUUAAUUAGCUUUGCGACGAAGACGAAGAGGUGCCUAGCUAUCUAGAGCAAACAUGGUGAUCACUGUGCUUGAUCAUGAGUUUCAGAAUGAAUUAUGUGAAAGUGGCUCUGAAUAUCCUCCCAAAAAGGUGGAAGAUGGAGAAGUAGAUGAUGAUGGCAAGCCAAAAAGAACUGGGACAGUGUGGACUGCAUGUGCACAUAUAAUCACAACAUCAAUAGGUGCUGGGGUGCUUUCUCUGGCAUGGGCAAUGGCUCAACUUGGUUGGGUUGCUGGCAUUUUCAUUCUCUUAUUUUGCACCUUUGCUGCCCUUUAUGCUGCCACUCUCCUAACAGAUUGCUAUAGAUUUCCAGACCCAGUUACAGGCAAGAGAAAUUACUCUUACAUGGAAGCUGUCAAAUCCUAUUUAGGUGGAAGAAUGUACAAGUUCUGUGGAUGGAUGUUGUAUUUAAAUCUCGCUACAAUCGGAGUCGGCUUUACCAUCACUACAGCUAAAAGCAUGGUGGCUAUACAGAAAUCGAAUUGCCAUCGAAAAAAUGGUGGUGAUGACCCAUGCAUGUUCUCCAAUAUUCCACACGUGGUUGGGUUUGGAAUUGUUGAAAUUCUCUUAUCUCAACUCCCAAACUUUCACAAGCUCUCUUGGCUCUCAAAGCUUGCAGCAAUUACGUCUUUUGGUUAUGCCUCGAUCGGAGUUGGACUUUCCCUUUCCAAAAUCAUAACGGGGCAUGGAGGAAAAACCUCUGUUGCAGGAGUGGACCCAUCUUCAUCUGAUAAGAUUUGGAGGAUGUUUGCAGCAGCUGGAGAUGUUGCAUUUGCUUGUUCAUAUGCUCUGGUGCUUUUUGAUAUCCAAGACACUCUCAAGUCAUUGCCACCAGAGAACAAAGUGAUGAAGAAGGCUGUCUCAAUUGGGGGGUUAAUUAUGACAAUAUUCUUCAUCAUGUGUAGUACCUCGGGUUAUGCUGCAUUUGGUGACAAGACCCCAGAAAAUCUGCUGGCUGGUUUUGGAGAUGAUAUGGCCUUUUGGCUAGUUGAUUUGGCCAAUGUUUUUAUUGUGGUGCACAUAGUUGGUGCAUAUCAGGUACUUUGCCAACCGGUGUUCCAAAUUGUUGAAUUACUGGCUAGAAGGAGGUGGCCCAAGUCCAAGUUCAUAAAUAGAGAGAACCCAAUUAGAAUUGGAAAGAUCAGAUUCAAUAUCAACAUGUUUAGGCUGUCAUGGCGAACAGCCUAUGGGGUGGUGGUCACAAUUGUUGCCAUUGCUCUGCCUUUCUUCUCAGACAUGCUUGCCCUCCUUGGAGCCAUUGGCUACUGGCCACUUAUAGUCUACAUCCCACUGGAGAUGCACAUUGUGCAGAAAAAGAUUGGGAAGCUAACAAUUCGAUGGUUUGGGCUCCACUUGUUGAGCUUUCUGUGCUUCCUUAUUUCCUUGGCUGCAGCAUCUGGUGCCAUUCAUGGUCUUUACAAGGGCCUCAAUGCUUACAAGCUCUUCCAAUUUAAAGAGUGAACUGAACCCAAAUUAGUAUGCUUAUUAUUCUAAAUAAAAAUAUGGAUCUAAUUAUGUAACAAAACCAUCCGUGACCAAUCUUAGACUUAGCCACCUACAACUCGUGGCCAAUGGAUAUCCCAUUAUCCAAAAGAAGGGUAAUUUGGUCCUCUCAUUCAAAUCACCCUUCUUUUGUGUUUUUUUUUUCCUCUCAC